AUGAAGAGAGGAAUCACCGCCGCCGGCCUCCUCCCGCCUACAGCGACGGAGGCGGACGCCGGGCUGGGUCGGACGCCCACGUGGAAGGAGCGGGAGAACAACAAGCGGUGCGAGCGCCGGCGCCGGGCCAUCGCCGCCAAGAUCUUCACCGACCUCCGCGCUCUCGACAGCUACAAGCUCCCCAAGCAUUGCGACAACAACGAGGUGCUCAAGGAGCUCUGCCGCGAGGCCGAAUGGGUCGUGGAGGACGAUGGCACCACCUACCGCAAGGGAUACAAGCCGCCGUCGUCCGGGCCGUUUGGUGGGGUCUCGUCGGUGGGCAUGAGCACCUGCUCGUCCUCGCAGCUGCUCAGUGCGUCGUCGUCGUCGUUCCCGAGCCCGGUGCCUUCCUACCACCCCAGCCCGACGUCAUCCAGCUUCCCGAGCCCCACGCGCCUCGACAACCCCAGCCCCGCCUACCUCCUCCCAUUCCUCCGUGGCCUCCCCAACCUGCCCCUGCUCCGGGUCUCCAACAGCAGGGGGUGA